UAGACAUGUACACUUAUAUAAGCCUGCAAAAAUCCACAUAGCAUGCAGCAAAAGUAUCUUAGUUUCAUCACAACUUUGAAGAACAAAGCGAGUGGGCAAUGACUUCCGUAACGAUGAUAACAUAAAGGCUCAGACACAGCACAGCACAAAAAGGCUCAGACUCACAUUCAGACACGUUACACCAUUCACCACCAAACAUUAGCCAGAUGGAAAGCACAAUGGCUGUGGAAGAAGUCAUCUACACAUUUUUUGAGGUGAUUAUUGCUGUUUGCUGCUGUCUUGGUAACAUGUUGGUUAUUUUGGCACUGUGGACCAGUAAAAGCAUUCAACAGCCCACCUUCUACCUUGUUGUCAGUCUGGCUGUGGCUGACUUUAUGGUUGGCUGCGUGACCAUACCGCUGGCUGUGGUAGUUGACGGACGAGUGAAGACUUCUUUCUACGGCUGUCUUUUCAACAGCUGUGUGCGCAUGCUGUUGAGCCAAGUCUCAGUUUUGUCUCUUGCGGCUAUUGCUGUGGACCGCUUCCUCCGGGUAUAUGUCCCCCUCAGGUACAAAAGGACUGGUACACGGAGACAUUGUUGGCUUGUUGUAGCAGCAUGUUGGCUUGUUUCAAUACCACUGAGCUUUGCUCCCACGCUUGGAUGGUACAACCAUGAAACCUGGUCUAAGUCAGUUAACUCUACUAUUGUUUGCAGGUUUGUAGAUGUGAUCCCCAUGUCAUACCUGGUUUACUUUAGAUUCUUAGUUUGCUCCCUGAUACCUCUGUUGGUGAUGACUGUAUUGUACGGCUACAUUUUCUGGAUAAUCCGAGGAAACCUUCGAGACAAACCAGGCAACGGUGCCCAAGAACAGUCUCAGAUCUACCUAAAGAAAGAAAAACAGCUGGCAGGAUCUCUGUCUCUGGUUGUGGCUCUGUUUGCCCUGUUUUGGUUCCCACUCCAAAUUAUGAACUGCAUAUUUUACUUUUGGCCAGAUUAUCUACCAGUAAAAGUUUUCUAUGUUGGCAUCCCGUUAUAUCAUGCUAACUCAGCUGUAAACCCACUUGUGUAUGCGUUUAAAAUUCAAAAGAUCAAGACAGCCUACCUGAAGCUGUGGAGACGAUAUAUUGCAUGUGGAGAAGAAAUUCAAGGAUCUCAGACAACCCAGUCGACUGACAACAAUCUCAAUAGGGUGGCCAACAAUGAGUGAAAGAAGAUUCGUGUUUGUUUGUUUGCUUCUUUGUUCUUAAAGUUCAGGUUUUGGCUGUUGAGCAUAAUUAAACAUUGUAAACCAUAUUAUAUUAGAUGUGGGUGAACAUGUGGGUGAUUGUUGCAAAUAACUGUCACUGUCAAGGAAAGGGCAACUUUCACUGUCCUACAAGCUUUAGUUUCAUUAUCACUGUUGUGCUUCUGGUUGUAUUGAAGUUCCAGUUCUUUAUGUCAAUUUCACAGGAAGCACACACGGUGUUGGAAAUUACCUUCUCUAUUUUUGAAAAAUUAUUUAACUUUUAUGACACAAGAAAGAUAAAUUGGGACAUCUUAAGCAUUAUUGUCAUUGUCAUCAUUACUUUGGGAACAUUGAUUUUAUGGCAUGUAGUCGUUUAUACCUCACUAGAAAAAUAGAAACCCAUGUGUAAUGUUCUAUAGUCAAACAGCCCUGUAAGAGAACUCUUUAGAACUUCAGACCAUAUUUCAAUCAAGAGAGACUUGUUUGCAGAAAUGCAAAGGUUUAUUGUACAAAAGCAUAAUAAAGUGUACAGAG